AACAGGUUCUGUUCAGUGGAACAUAUAUUGUAGAGAUCUUAUAUCAAGCCUUAAAAGAAGAGGAGACUAUUAUUAAACACAUUUUCCACAUUUUUCAACAUUUCUAAAGACAGGGACUUAGAAGAAAAGACUAAAGAAGAAAUCACUCAAUUAUUUGCAUUGUUCAGAAAUUUUCAGAUAUGGGGAGCAAACAGUCAGUUCUACAAGAAAAAGGCUACACUGUGAUGAGUGAACAAGACAAUGAAAUCAUGGUGAAAAAUAAUGAUGGUGAUCAGUUUGUCAUUAAAAAGCUGAACGCUAACCAGAAUGAAGCAUCAGACUUUCUCCAAAAGCUCAAUCACCCACACAUAGUCCAUCAUAAGGAAAUCAUCAAAGAUGGUGACUGCUUGUAUCUUGUAAUGGAGCUCUGUGAGGGUGGAGAUGUUUCUCAGAAAAUCAAAGAUAAAAAGAAGGAAACUGAGCGACUGAUUUGCUUCAGUGAAUAUGAAAUUCUGGACUGGACUGUGAAGAUCUGCAUGGCAUUAAAGCAUCUGCAUGAUCAACAGAUCCUGCAUAAAAACCUGCAGCCCAAGAGCUUAUUUUUCACUGCAUGUGGAACCAUUCGUCUGGGAGAGUUUGGAGUAAUUCAUGAAUGGUCCAGUGGUACACAAACAGCAAACACCGAAGCACUCUCAUACAUUGCACCUGAGAUUUUGAAAGGCGGACCUUAUGAUGAGAAAUCAGAAAUCUGGAAUCUGGGCUGUAUCAUCUAUGAGAUGUGCAUGCAGAAGUGUGCUGUAAGAUUUUUCUUUGAUCAGAUAUUGAGCAUGUUUCCAGAUUAUUAUACAUGUUUUCUUUACUCUCUCAUAUUCUUUUACAUAUCAUCAUAUUCUAGUUCAAUCUACUUACAAACUAGUAGACUCAUAUUUAUGCCUGUCUUUAGUUUGCAGGAAAAACGCACAGCUGAUAUUAUUCCAAAGAUACUAAACGGUUCCUAUGAAGCUCUUCCUAUGAACUUCUCUGAGGACCUUCGUCAGCUUGUAAAAGACACACUUCAGAUCGAUCCAGCGAAUCGCCCUUCUGUCAAUGAGAUCUUGAUGAGGCCUUUCCUUAUUCAACACCUUUAUGAAAUGAGCACAAAAACUGUUAACAAGCUUAAUGUAUGUAAAAAUGAUGAAGAGGCAACUAAUGAGUCUGAAGACAGUCAAGAGGCACCUGUUGAGUCUCAAGUCAGUCUAAAGGUACUGGAAGAGCUGGCCGAUGGUUUGGAGAGAGUCCACUUCAACACAACAGUUGGCAGUCUUGCAGGAGGUGUAGUAGGUUUGGCUGGAGGAAUCACAUCUAUAGUUGGACUUAUUCUCACUCCUUUUACUCUUGGAGCUUCUCUGAUUGUCACAGGAGUGGGAAUCGGUGUGGCUGUAGCUGGUGGAGUUGCAUCUGGUGUGAGCAACAUAACAAAGAUGGUUAACCAGCGUUCAGACCGCCAAAAGGUCAAAUUGCUCAUUACAGACAUGCAAGAAAAAAUUACCUCCACAAGCUACUGCAUCCAAAACAUCCAGAUAGCAGUAGAAACUCAGAGACUGUUAUCUGAAAGCAAUGAAUCAUGGUUGAAUGCACAAUCUGGGGAAAAUACAUUGAUAAGUGCUGGAGCUCGACUUGGGCGAGGGCUGGGAGGAGUUGCAGAGCUUGUCCGUUUAGCUCAAGUCACAAGUGUUGGGAGAAUUGCAGCUCAGACCGCCAGAGUUGUGCGUGUGGCUGAAGUGGCUACAGGGGUUUUGACUGGGCUUUUUGUAGCUGUUGACAUCUUCUUUGUUGCCCUCGACUCCAAAGAAAUUCACAACAUUCGCAGAGACUCUGCUUCCACCAACAAAAAAGAGCAAGAGCUGCGGUCUGAGAUCAUGAAAUUUGUGAACAAAAUAAGGGAGACUAAAAAGGAGUUAAAAGAGAUUCUGAAUGAAUUAAAAGUCGCACUGCAAUCACUGGAACCUCAGAUACCAAACUAGGUUCAUAAUGCUCAGUAUGUUCUUUCAUCAUACACAUACAAAUUAGAUCACAGCAGCAGAAUAUGUUGGGUAAAGGUUUACUAUAUAUUCUGUGUUUUCAUGCUAAAAGUAAUUUCUAGUUUGAUUAUCACUCAAGAAGAAAAUGAGUGCUCUCUGAACUUCCAAAGAUCUAUUGAUUUUAAAUAUAUUGGGACUUUUCUGUUUUAGACUAAGUUUUUUAUUUCUUGGUGUUUUGAGAAUUAAAAAAGGGACCAUAUAAACACAAAUGUCUUUCCUUCUGUGCUUCAGUAAAUGUAAUUUUCCAUCUUCAGUGUAAUUGCAAUUGUCAAUAUUCUGGAAAAUAUGUCAUUAAAAUGAAUGAUCAAUUAAACAUUAAGAAUGAUUUACAUUUUACAUGCCUUUAGUAUGAAGUGGUUUAAAAAUCAGUGCAUGUAGUAUUAUUAAUCAUGAUAUGAAAUAUAAACAUGACCCAUUUAAACAUUACUUUGUGAAAGUGUGACAUUUUUUAGACAUCUUUUGUCUUUGGAUACAGCUCAAAUAAUAAUAUGCAAAUUAAUCAUUCACACACCUUUUGAAUGUAGUGCAAUACAUACACUGCUCAAUUCUGGUAAUUCGUCCCAACUAUCAGAAGGCUAUCAAAGACUAUCAGAAGACUAUCAGAAGUCAUAGUGUUGUGUGCUAUAUGGGAACUGGAAAAAUACCGGUGUAAAUUUCAAACAGUACAAUAUCAUGAUUUUGCUCAUUUCAGUACUUAAUACGCUGGCACUAUGUGGCAGUGUUAUCCAAACUGAUGCAAAACCGACAAAAGUGACAACAGAGCAACAAGAUGGAUCAAACCACAUCUAUAAUAGAGAUGUAAAUGUAUACUGUUGCAUAUAGAUCAGUGGAUCAGUAUACAAAAUAACAGAAUACUGUGAAUAUUGACAUAAUGUUAAUGCUCCUGUGUGUAUUUAUGCAGUGAAAAAGCACUAAAGGUUUCUAUUUAAGAUUGAACAUUGCAGCCAAUCACAGACAUCUCUUGAGUAUGUGAACGUAAUGACCAAUCAGAUGUGUUUACAUCGGUCUGAAUCAAAUGUGCUACACAUGUCCUGAAAAGUGAAGCCAAAACAUUUUGAUGGCUGGCUGCAGUACAGGUCAUAAACCCC